CAAGAGCUCAACGAAGACAUUCAAUUCAAUCCAACUCGGCUACACCUCGCAGUCUCAGACGUCAAAGUUCUUUACUUUACUCGCUACAAAGCUGAUUUCCUUUUGGGGUUCUAUCUCCGACAAGAAGAAAACAAAAAUGUUCGGUGAAAGUACUUCAGAGUUCGAUCUCGACCUCUUGGAGUCGAUUCGUCAGUAUCUAUUGGAAGAUGAUUUUGAAACCCAAUAUCCAGCUAAAAUUCCAGGACUAGUUGUGGAAAAUGUAGCAAAAAAUGAACUUCCAAUUCCAUUGGGUCAGAUGGAUUGUUCCAAUGCUAUUAAUGUUGAUCAAUGGAUAACCUUUGAUCAGUUAUUUGAUGCAGCUGAGAUAGCCGCCGCUAAUGUCUCAUUUCCCAGCAGCGAAGCGACAGCUGAGUUGGCAACUAAGACUAAGACAAAGGCUGCCCCUAAACCCCACGCGCCGCCGAAAAAGGUGCAUUAUAGGGGAGUAAGGAGAAGGCCGUGGGGUACAUACGCGGCGGAGAUAAGGGAUCCGAAAAAGAAUGGUGCGAGGAUCUGGCUGGGUACUUACGAGACGCCCGAGGAUGCGGCGCUGGCUUAUGACGGAGCGGCUUUUAAAAUGCGUGGCGCGAAAGCCAAGCUGAAUUUUCCUCACCUUAUUGGCUCGGAUCAGGUGGAGCCGGUGAGAGUGACCAAUUACAAACGGCGAUCUCCGGAGCCUUCUUCGUCUUCGUCUUGGUCGUUGGCUCAGUCGGCUUCCUCUCCAUCAUCCGUGUCGGAUGACGGAACUCCCAAGUCGAAACGGAGGAUGAGCGAGAUUAACUCGGCAGUUAAACCUGAGUUAGGAAGUGAGUUUGAACUAGACUUGUAUCAAUCGAUGCCAACAGAUUUUUGGACCGUUAUUUGUUAAAUGGAA